UUUGCGUCUGAGUCAACUGGCCCAGAAGUGACAUUACUCGGAGCUCAUCGUCCACAACUGAUGAUCGCUAACACGGGACUUGCCGUGCCGUGACCGCAACCAUCAGUUGUGGGCAUGCCAAAGUGAUUGGUCAGAGUGUAUUUUUUUGUGCUUGCUCAUCCCAUUCUCUGAAACGCGCUAUCACGGAAUUGACCACAGUGAAUAAGAGGACCAUCAGACCAAUGGUGAGCGCCAGUUGGGAGAGCGAGUUGUUUCGCGCAGGCGCCGCCCAUAGGCCUCUGAAUUUCUUGACACAUCUGCAAGGGAUGACGACGGAGAUGCGGACGAGAAUGAGUUGGAUAUGGACAGCAUUAUGGCCGAAUUUAUCGACGAGGGAGCGUUGUAUGGAAUGCAAGUCGGCUCGGAACAAGGAGAUCUGGACAACGAAAUGGACGGCGUGCUGAGUGCAGAGGAAGCGAAUCAGCAUGGUUUCGAAGAACGUGCUCUGCUGGCGACAUCUUUAGAGCAUCUGGCCCAUCAGCCACGAAUGGAGUUACCGGAUGAUGAGGCACAGAUGGACGGCUUGUUUGCUCUCAGCCAAGCCCUGGUGGUGCAAAGCCCGCCGAUAGUGCGCAUUCCUGUCCCUCGUUGGAUCGAGGAAGAUUUGGUGCUCUGGCUCAUCCGGCACUGCGAGCGCAUGCCCGAUGUUGUCGCUGCAUACACCAACCCGCUCGUGCCUGACUUUGUGUACGUCGAGACCACAGACGCCGGUCGCCUAUUCUCGGCGUUCAAGAAUUCGCCGUCUGCGUCCGCUCUUUCUUCGUUCUCGAGCACAGCCAGCAAACUUCCCUUCGCCCAUGGAAUAGUCUCCUACCCCAGAUUUCGCAGCAUCUCCAGGAGCGUCCCGGUGAUCCUGGACUCCGUUUGGGACGUCAAGGCCUCCCUCUCCAUCCGGGCUCAGCGCUGCGGCUGGGCGCGCGUGACUGGCGUAGGGGCGGAGGCAUUCAGGUUGAGUCAACAUGCCGUGCUGUACCGAGGGGAUCUUGUGUUCGUAUGCGAUGCGGACACACUGCUUGUCAUCCCCCGCAUCAAUUUCAAACGCAACCGCGCAUGUCGUGGUCAACGCCCUCCCCCUAGUCCUUUUCUCAGCCGGAAUUUGCUGGAGGGGUCGAAAUGGGAACAAAUAGGGCAGCACGUCCGCUGGGGGAAGCAUUAUUUUUUGGGACCUUUCGAGGAGAUCCAAUGCAAGGUCUUUCACCAUCCACGUCCCGUUGCCUUCCUCUCUGAACCUCCACCCUGGGACGAACUGAGACCUUUUGUCGAUCUGGAUUCUCUGAGAGAUGACCGUACACCCGCUGCGGCGGGGAAGGAGAGGCAUCUGAUCCUGGAUUCACCCUUUCUUGCGCAAGCGUAUGAGAACACCACGCGUUAUGCUCUCCAGGCAGGGGAUCGAGCAAUCCUUGAUACAUAUGAGUCCCUGGAGUACGACACAGGCAGGGGAGCCUCCGAUGUCUUUAUUCGCGGCAUCGACUACGCGCACAACAAGGCCGUAAUUACCAAAGGAUACACUGACACCGGCGACCCCAGCACGCACCUCCGCCUCGCUCCUUCCUCUGAGUGUUCCCUCAAAGACCUUAGGCUGCAUCCCCUCUCUCCUCCCCGAAACAUAAAGGAGGGAGAUCGGGUGAUUGUCGUGCGAUCUACUGCUCAGGCAAGGGAGGGCCUGGUGGGUCGAGUCUGUGCAACCGAAGGGGAAAUUCUCCAUAUCGUCACUGUGCAUGAAGAUCCACCCCAAUUGCUACAUGUUUCGAUCGGCAAUGUCUGCAUCCAUUAUGUCUCAGCAGACGUAGUGCGAAUCAUGUAUGGUCGACAUGCCGAGAUGGAAGGAGUCGUGCUGAAUGCUGAAGAGGACGGUCAUUUAAGUCUUCAGCUAACCACAUUAGAAGCCAUCUUCAAUUUCAUCCAAGAGCGAGACUAUUCAAAUGCUCAACUUCUUGGGUCCCUAGAACCUCUUCUCAUUCCCAUUUUUGUACCCAGAUGGCAAGUGCAGCUUGUUACACUCGGCACGCUCCCUGUUCAGGAAUCUGCGUCGUUCUCACAAACAGAACGCAUCGAGAUGCUUUCGCAAGAGGAAAAAAUAAAAUUGAAAACCGAGUUCACAAACGAUGUGCUGAAAUUGAGAAAAUUCGAGGUGUUAAUUGUGGCAGGGCCGCUCAAAGGAAAACGGGGCCGCAUCGUGGAUUACAAGCACACGAGUUCGGUGCCUAGCACUCUUGAUUUGCGUCCUGAUGUGGGAAUGGCUGCCCGCUGGGCGGAAGUCAGCCAACGGGACCCACUAGAGGAUGUCGAGCUUACAGUGGGAUUGGACGGUACCAUGAAGAACGAGACAAUGAAAGUCGAUGAUGUGCGAGAAUUACGAUCGGGAUUUCGGUUGAGACAAGCACUUCAUUUUCGCAAUAUAUCAAACUUGCCCCUCUUCAGUCGACCGAGAACACCAUCUCCGCCCCCGGACGCUCCUGUCCCACUGUGCAAUUCGAAGAGCCAGGUGAACCUCGCGUCCCAAGAAGAUGGAUCUUGGUUGUGUCUGAAAAGCUUGUUGGGCAAGCGUGUCGAUGUCAUGAUUGAUGAUGCUGCGUCCUUGAGGCUGUUGCAGCUCAAGAGAGAAAAGGGGUAUGAAGCCAGCGAAAAAACGAAGCGAGAAAAAGUGAAGGGACCAAGCUCUAGAAAGUCCAAGGCACCCCGAAGUCGAGUUCUUGAUGCUCUCAGCGCACAGCUCUAUGAGCGCGGUGCGGGACAACCUGCUUUUGUAGUGGGGAGAAAUAUCCCGGACGCAGAAACUGCAGCAGUACAUGCCCACAUAUGGCCCUCCAUGCAGGUGAUGAAAGUCCCUGUCUCUGCUCUCAAACCAUGCCGGAAAACUCUGCCUCCAGUUGGAGGUGGUAGCCCACAGAGUAUUUUGGACAUCAAGGCCAGAGUGGUCAUCAUUGGACCGGAUGUUCACCAUUCAACAGAAUUCAUGGGUGAAUAUGGUGAAACAAUUCCAGACACCAGGAUUGGAGUCACUAUCAAAGUGCGCUUUGAGUGGAGAAGGGAUCCUGGUGCCUCUGAAGCAGACCAGCCAGUGGCAAGGUUUGACUUGUUCUCAAUUUGUAGCUCUACAAACAUUGUGCGGAUCCAGAGGGGAACCAAUCUCCCCCUUUACAAGACUUCCACAUUUGAUCAAUAAGUUGGCCCAGACAGUACUAAAGAUUAUCUUAUAACUAUAGUCUCUGUCAUCAUGUCAUGAUCCAAUCAUUUUCCACCCAAUUAUCUUAUCUUGACAUGGGGUUAUCUUUGUUAGUGGAGAUACUGGUCUGGGUCUGUGACUUGGAUCAACUCCUAUUAUGGUCACAUUUGCACCUCAGUUUGUGACAAUCAACCCAAAAACAAAGUCGAAAAGAGAAAUGAAUUCAAAG